AUGGAUCAGCCUCGUGGCAGGUCCCCCUCGGCUGCAGGUCAGAACCUCAGCCGCGGACAUUCGCCCCAGCCAUACCAACAAGAUAACAUCUCUGGUGUAGACCCCUCCAUACACCAGGCAUUGACAAGUGGGAAGUUCACCAAUACCAACAACCAAUUCUCCAAUCCGAGCUUCGAGCAGCAGCAACAGAACCUCUACAAUUCUACCACCUUCAACCAAUCUGCGUUCCAGGACAAUCAGUACGGCGGCAGCCUGAACCCGCAGUUUGCGACCGAAUACAUGUACAACAAUCCAGACCUGUCCACCGAAUGGCAGCAGCAGGCAUUUACCCUUGACCCGAACUACACCCUGAAUCACCAGAGCAAUGUAAAUCCGGCCGACCUGAGCAAAGUCUCCACGCCCCAGGACAACACUUCGCCUGGUCUACUUUCUCCCGAAGGCCACUCCUCGCCGGGCGCUCAGGCUGCUGGCUCCCCCGGCUCCACCAACGGCCAGUACUACACGCCGCAGCACUCGCGGCAUACCUCACUCGAUCCCUCAAGUGCGUACGGCGAUCUCUAUUCUGCGGCCGCCUUUCAGAAUCACCGCCGUAACCCUUCGGAUGUUUCUGAUGGCCUCUCAUCUGCCUCCCAUUCGCCGUAUCUGGCUCAUGCUGAGCUGCAUGACGCUCUUGGCGAACCAAGCCACUCGCCCUUCAUGGCUCCUCAACAGGACUCAGGCAAUACAUAUGGUAUGGACAGCUUUAGUAUCAAUGAGCCCUACCGUUCGCCUCGCUUGAUGCCCCAGAUGGAGAGCCAGCAAUUACAGAUGGGCCAAGACUUGCUCAAUCCGGGCAUGGGGAUGACAGGCCCGGAAGUGUACACUACGCAGCCUGAUAGUGGCCAUAUGCGCCAUGCCUCACUCGGUGACAUCGGCCAGGCCGACCAGUUUGCUCCCCCAACUAUCAAUAUCGAGCCUGCGCCAGUAUCCCGACAAGCCAGCUUUGGCCCUCAAGGCGAACAGCUCGAAGGCGCACUCAGCCCGCCAAGUGGCAGUAACCGCGGCCGAAAUCGAAGCAAGUCUGAUUUGACUGGCCUCGUACGUCCAAUUUCGCGAUCUGUGUCACCUGGCAAAUCACCACCACACCUCACCUCCAACGACUCAUCGCUCUCUGUUCGGUCCUACUCGCCUGGUCCCUCGGUUUCGAGAGAAUCAUCACCAGGCCCCACCGCUUCUGGCCGCAUUGAUAAGAACCGGAGAGCUAGCACCUCUUCUAUCAACUCCCGUGACUAUAUCCUUGACCUGGCCGACCCCAACCGUCCAAACGCUACACCUGGCAGCGGCUCAAGUAGCCGAGUCCAGAAGCACCCCGCCACGUUUCAAUGUCACCUGUGUCCGAAGAAGUUCACUCGGGCCUACAAUCUACGGUCACAUCUGCGCACUCAUACGGACGAACGACCAUUCGUAUGUACCGUUUGUGGCAAAGCUUUCGCCCGCCAGCACGAUCGGAAACGUCACGAAGGACUUCACUCCGGUGAAAAGAAGUUUGUUUGCCGCGGUGAGCUCCGUUCUCAGCCAGGCCAGUCCUGGGGCUGCAAUCGCCGCUUCGCGCGCGCUGACGCGCUCGGUCGGCAUUUCCGAUCUGAAGCGGGCAGGGUGUGUAUCAAACCUCUGCUAGACGAAGAAGCGCUCGAGCGGCGUAGUAAACAGAUGAUGGAACAGCAACAGCAGAUGAGUUACAACCUGCAGCCCGUACCGCAGCCGAUGAUGGUUGGUAUGGACCCCUCGACUGGCACAGGCGGGUUCGCUCUACCAGCCGCUCUGCUUGCGCAAUAUCCGGCCCUACAGCACAUCGAUUGGAGCCAGGUUCCUAGUACACAGGAUGAUGGCGACCUUAGCGAUGUCGGGAUCGGUAGAGCCAACUUCGACGCCAGUAGUGGUGGCGAGUACUACGAUGACGAUGUCAGCGAGGGCUACGUUAGUGGCAGUGGUAUGCCUCAGUACAAUAAUCAAGGGCAGGCGCAACAGCAAAGCAUGUUUAUGCCCAGUCAAUGA